GUUUCUGAGAACAUCCGGGUACUGCACCACAGCAACCUAUGAGGCCAAAGAUACCAAUAUGGCGGAGGCUUCCUUUGGGAGUUCGAGCCCUGUUGGCUCUUUGUCCUCAGAGGAUCAUGACUUUGAUCCAACAGCAGAGAUGUUGAUUCAUGAAUAUGAUGAUGAAAGAACUUUAGAGGAGGAGGAACUUCUGAAUGGACAAAAGAAUUUCAGGGCAGAACUGGCAGACCUGGAGAGGGAAGGAAACAUGCCGAUUGAAGAGUUGUUGGCCAUGUACCGUUAUGAGGCGUCAGUCAGUACAGGUGCAGGAUCUAGCAUUGACAGCUCUUCUGUUGAACUAUCAGAUGAUCUGCCUGACAUGACGCUAGACAAGGAGGAGAUUGCGAAGGAUCUCUUAUCAGGAGAUUAUGAGGAGGAGACCCAGUCCUCUGCUGAUGAUCUGACCCCUUCUGUUACCUCCCACGAAGCCACAGACUUCUUCCCGAGAACACUCAGAUCCAACAUGACCGAUGAUGGUGAUAAAGAAUCUGAAGGGGAGGAGGAUGGGGUGAGCAGUGAAGAUCCUAGAAAGGAAAUAAUGGUUGGGUGCCAGUAUCAAGCAGAGGUUCCUGUGGGCCUCAGCCACUAUAAGGAUGAUGAAAAGGUGUACGAGGAGGAGGACAAGCUGCUAUGGUGUCCUGACGUGCUGUCAGAAUGUAAAGUGAGAAACUACCUCAGAGAGGCUCUGUCACAGACUACAGACGGAAACACAGACGACUGCACAUCGGAACACAUACGAGAUAAUGAACAGGCCUUGUUUGAGCUUGUGAAGUGUGAUUAUGACACGUGCGAGGCUCUGACACGAUACUGCAGAAAUGUGAGGACGUCAAAAGAAGAAUCACCACCAUGGUCAGAGGAUGAAUGCAGAAACUUUGAACAUGCACUGCAGAUUUACGAGAAAAAUUUCCAUCUUAUUCAGAAACACAAGGUUCAAACACGGACUGUCGCAGAAUGUGUGGCUUUUUAUUACAUGUGGAAAAAGUCUGAACGUUUCGACUACUUCGCCCAACAGAAUAGAUUUGGCAAGAAGAAGUACAGCAGUUACCCGGGUGUGACAGACCUGAUGGAUCGGCUGGUGGAUGAGGCGGAAGGUCUGGCGAUGGACAGCACGUCCUUGGUUUGUUCAGGUGGAGCUGGAGGACGAAUCGAGACCUCGGCAGAACAACAACUAGGGCUGCUUAACUCCAUCACUGCCAGUGACCUCACAGCCCUUAGUAACAGCGUAGCAACCGUGUGCAGUGGUCCCGGAGACGUGAGCUGUCUGGACCUCCCUUACUUUUCCCCUCUGGAGAGUUUACACAGAGGAGCCCUGAACCAUGGCGAGCAGAUGAGCUAUGCCCCAAACGGAGACAGCAGCUGCGCCAACAUACUGGAUUCCGCCUUCUACCGGUCCGACCUGAGCCAGAUCGGCAUGUGCGGCACCAAAGACUCCGAACGACCCUCCAAGAGGCUCAAGAUGGGCCUCACAGAGUCUUUCAUAAACGACGUGUCCAUUUCUAACCUGGCCGUGGACUUUGAGGGCAGACGAACACAUCGCAUCACGGGAGCCACUAUGGCCGUGUCGGUCACAGACUUCAGCAGUAUAGGGGGUGGCGACCCCAACGGUUUCAUCAGCUCCCACUCUCGACAUCACCAGCACACCGCACUUCAGUCCGACUGACUUCCUGUUGCCAUCCGGAUCCACAGUCACCCACUCGCUGACUAUUAGUUGUUUUUUAAUUAUAUAUAUAUAUAAAUAUACCUUUUGGUCUUUUUUGUAAUAUGACAUCAGUGAUGUCUUUAUUGUACAGAGCUAAGAAAUCUUGGUUUCUCAAGAGUUUAAAUAGCCAUUUAUUUUUCUGGUCCUUCAGAUAUUUAAUAUUUUUUCCGUCUACGAUGAUAUACAGCUAAACCUAAAUGCUGGAGCAGAGAGUUGUGGACUCGUACUGUAGUCAUCUCAACGCCUGCAUCUUUCAAGAUUUACUGUCCUGCAAAAAAGUCGCUGCCGCCGAAAACUGCGCUGUUUCUUGUCGUUUCCGUGUAUGUGUGUUCGUUUAGAAAUUGGGUACUAUUUCCGUGUUUACAAAACCCAAGAUCAUGUAGUCGUUGGGAAAUGUAGCAUUUUGUAUAUCACAAACCUGGCAUUUAUAAUUGAGAAUAAUUAACUUUUUGGAGCAAAGAAUACAUGCUAAAACAAAAAGCACUUCUGGUCACCGAGGCGUUUUUCAUGUUGCCUGCAUGCCCACAUUUUCCUACAAACCCUUGAGGUUUCCAUAUUUUUAAGCUUUAAUAACAUCCGAAAACAAGUGCGUUUGUUUGAACCUUUUGAUGAUCAGAAAAAUAGGGCAGGAAAGGCAUAUUUUGCAUUAUGUCUCAAUUUUCCAGAACUUUAAAGUAGGAUUAAGAUGCCAAUGAACAAUGAUUGAAACUUGUUCUCUUGCUGGAAACUUGUGAUGAGGGGCUGAAAAAUCUAGAUCUUCAAUAGACUGAAGCUUGUUGGUUAAGUACUAAAAGCUGCAAGGGAGUAUUAUGAUUCAGGUGGUGCUAUUAAGUCACCCGUGCUUGACAGUAUUAGUAUAAUUUAAACUGUAUAUAAAUUAAACUGUGAGACGUUCCCCAGGAGGCGGUUUUGCUGGUGCUCUUAACUGCGUAUGCUUCGGUACAGAUUAACCAGUGUUUUUCAGUUAUGCAUUAUGUAGCUGCCAGAAAUACUAAGAAAACCUUCAGAAUUGAGCUAAUUGUAAUUCUUGUUUACCUGCUUUGUUUUUCCUCCCAAUUUUGCCAAGUUCAUCAACAUUUUUGUAUGCAUGGAGCAGAUUGUACUCUUUUGUGAUGUUACAAACUGAUAAACAUUACAUGCCAAAAAUCAGUCCGCUCGACACACUGUAUCAAAAUCCUUUCUGCUCCUUGCAUGCAAAAAACAAACAAAACUAAAUUACCAUAUAGUUCAUUUAAAUGCUUUGACUUUGGUUAGGGUGAAUGCAAAAAUGAUAUAAAAAAUGUUUAUGGCAAUAAUAUGUAGAUAUGUAGAUUGUUCAUUGAAUUUUCAUUGAUUGUUUGUAUUGCCUUUGUUUUGUUUACGGAAUUAAGAGACGUCAAAAUUGUGCAUGCUAGCAUCGGUUGUUUGAAAAAAUGGCACCGAUUAGAGAAAUUAUUUUGUGUGGCACCUUUUGGACAUUCCCAUGCAAGUCUCUCUUAUUUUCACUUUUUGAAGAAAAUGUUUCUGUCAGUAAGUAGAAAGGUUUACCAUCAUUACCUUGACUUUUAAUGGCUGCUAUCAGUAAUGUGAAGAGUUUGUUGAAUGCACUGCUGUUGCAAUUAUAAGUUGAAUUGAAAGUCUUGUGCAUCUACAUUGUUAAUACGUGGUAAAGUACUCAUUAAUAGCAUGUUUGCGAUGACACUGAUUUAAAUGGAUCCAUGGAUACCAAUAUUCAUUGACGGGGUUUGAAAGCACUACAAAGAUUUUGUAAGAAUUUUCUUUAUGGUCAAAAUGCAGAUUUUGUUCUCAGUACACAAUGUAGUACUUAGUGCUCAUAUAAAGUUUAACUUUUUUAUUUUUGUACUUUAAAAGUCUUUGCGCCUAUUAUUCUGUAUAGGUAUUAUUACUUUUAUAAAUGCACAUUUAUGUUUAUUCAGCUAGGUUUGCUAAAGUACAGACUGUAAGGCAAACUAAAAGCUUACAGGUUGUUUUGACCUAUAGAAAUAACACAUCUCAAAAACAAAUGAUAUUAAGAAAAGUUUGGUGAUUUUGGGUGUGCGCGUUUUAUUUGAAUUUCAUUUAGAAAUUGUAAAUACUUAUUAGGUAGAGAUUUCACAUUCAAACAUGGGGGAAGUGGUAAAAUUUGUUAAGACCAACAAAUCCUAUAAAUGUGUAUCCAUAUAUAGGCCUACAGACAAUCAUAACAUUAAAUUACGGAGUUAUUCAAACAGAUAUCUCUAUUGUUUAUAAAAUAUGUACAUAUAAUUGCUUUGUUUUGCAUUAUUUUGUAUUUUUGUUGUACUUUAUUACUUGGUGUAAAAAGUUCCAGAAAUAAAAGCUCUGGAUACAUGUAAUUUGUGGUAAUUCUACUCCGAAUGCAACAUGUUUUACCAUGCUUAAAUCAAACAGAUACACAUUUUUAUUUGUACCUUCAUGAUUUAGGGGCAAGA